GAAAAACAAUAGAAACAUAAAAUAAAAGCAUAUGUGAUCUAAUUAGUUCUUUUAUAUCCCGUGUUCUUCGUAUUGUAACAAAACAAACUCUUGAAGGAUCUCUGAGAACUGCAAAAUGAAAUGAGAAAUAAAUGGUGACAGCAGAAGGAUUCAACUACUCGCAGAAAAUAUAUUAUACUAAAUGACAAACAAGAAAUCUCAUGGCAUAGAAUAGAAUGGAAUCAUUGAGAGAAGGAUAAAUGUAGAAAGCAUCCCAGGAUUAUUUUAGAAAAAAACCCACCCAACAUAGUCCAAUCCAAAAAAACACAAAGUUUGGGAAUAACCUUUUUAAAAUUAAAAUAAGCUCUCUUUUUUGUUUCCACUUGCGGAUUGAACAAAGUUUUAGAUCGUUAUAGCUUGCUUCUCCUGCUAUGGACAUGUGCCCAAAGCCAACACCAAGCCAAUGGAGAACCAGAAUUCAGAGAAAAUGGAAACCACCCAAAAGGUUGAAAGGAAAAAGGGUGGUCUUCGAACUAUGCCUUUUAUUAUAGCAAACGAGACAUUUGAGAAGAUUUCAAAUGUUGGUCUUCAUGCAAAUAUGAUAUUUUACUUGAUGAAUGAAUAUCACAUGGAUAAAGCUAAAGGAGCCAUCGUCUUGUUUCUGUGGUCUGCAUUGACAAACUUUUUGCCCAUUGGUGGGGCUUUCCUCUCUGAUUCUUACUUGGGUCGGUUUAAGGUCAUCGCCAUGGGGACAGUGGUUACACUUCUUGGGAUGGUGGUUUUAUGGUUAACAGCCAUAUUUCCAAAAGCAAGGCCUCCACACUGUAGACCACCAUCGGAAUUUUGUGUUUCAGCAAACACUGCUCAGCUAAUGCUUCUGUAUUUUGCAUUUCUUCUUAUGGCAGCCGGAGCUGGGGGAAUUCGACCAUGUUCCUUGGCGUUUGGGGCAGAUCAACUUGAAAAUCCAGGCAACCCCAAAAACCAGAGGACUAUGCAGAGCUUCUUCAACUGGUACUAUGCUUCAGUUGGAAUUUCAGUCACCAUUUCGGUGGUCUUUAUGGUUUAUCUCCAGAAUGCUGCCGGUUGGAUUGUGGGUUUUGGAGUUCCUGUUGGACUUAUGCUGUUUUCCACAGUCAUGUUCUUUCUUGGCUCUUCAUUGUAUGUUAAACUGAUGGCAAACAAGAGUCUGCUUAGCAGUUUGACUCAGGUAAUCGUUGCAGCUUGGAGAAAUAGACACUUGGAAUUUCCCCCACAAGCUUCUGAUAAAUGGUUUUACCAUAAAGGUUCAAAGCUUGUCACCCCAACGCCUAAACUGAGGUUUCUAAACAAGGCUUGCAUAAUAAGAAACAAAGAAACAGAUGUGGAUUCUAAUGGAAUGGCCAAAUUCCCAUGGAGAUUAAGCACGAUUCAACGUGUAGAGGAACUAAAAGCAGUAAUCAGAGUACUUCCAAUUUGGUCCACUGGCAUUAUAAUCAGUGCCACCAUUAACCAAUUCACCUUCUCUUCUCUCCAAGCAAGCACGAUGGACAGACACAUAACACCCCACUUUCAAUUCCCAGCGGCUUCCUUCGCUGUCUUCGCAAUUCUAACCCUUACAAUCUGGGUCGCGAUAUACGAUCAAAUCAUCGUCCCACUAUUAGCGAAGUUCACCAAAAAAUCAAAUGGACUCACUUUAAAGCAAAGAAUGGGCAUCGGAUUGGUAGUCUCAUGCUUGACCUCAAUAGUUUCGGCAGGAAUAGAGAGAAAACGAAGGAACAGAGCAAUUCAUGAAGGUCUAGCCAACGUACCAGGAGGAAUUGUGCAGAUGUCGGCGAUGUGGCUGGUUCCACAGCACUGCCUGGCGGGGUUGGCUGAAGCGUUGAACGCAAUAGGACAGAUUCAAUUCUUCUACUCGCAGCUACCGAGGAGCAUGGCCAGCAUUGCAGUAGCGCUGUUCUCGCUGGGAAUGGGCGGAGGGAGCUUGGUGGCAGCGCUGACUGUGAGCGUAGUGAAGAAGAGGACGACUAAGAAUGGGAAUGUGGGAUGGCUUUCAGAUAAUCUGAACCAGGGGCAUUAUGAUUACUACUACUGGUUGUUGAGCUUGAUGGGCGUCGCUAAUUUGUUGCACUAUUUGAUUUUCAGUUGGUUCUAUGGAGAUGAGAAAGAGGGAGAGGAACAGAGUAGGAUUUGGGAUGAUAAGGAAGCGAUUGAAGUGGAGGGCACCUCCAAUGCUUGAUUUGGAGAAGGAUUGAAAUUUCUAUGGACAAAGUUAACUCAUUGGAAUUCAACAUGCACUCCAAUGGAGAUUUGAUCCCCAAUCUCACAAAUGUUUUUUGAAAAGGAAGAAACUUGUAUUACAAAUGUGACAUUUCUCCUUUAUUCUCAACUGCUAUAUUUAAAAAAUUGAGAUGAUAGAAUCGAUACUGAUUUGAUAGUUGAUUUAUAUUUAAGUUAACAAUAAAAACGUACACAAUACUUGUACUAUCCUCAAUUUGAUUUUCCCUCUCCCAUAUUUUCAACUACUUUUUGUAAAAUGACUCAAUUGACAUGGUCAAGACAACUCGGUAUAGUUUAUUAACCACGUGACUAUUUUUG